GAGUCCUUUGCGCGGCACCUGGCGACAAAAUGGCUGCCCGAGGGAGACGGGCGGAGCCUCCGGGCCGGGAGGCACCGGGCCCCGCGGGCGGCGGCGGGAGCGGGAGCCGGUGGGCCGAGUCGGGGCCGGGGACGUCUUCGGAGAGCGGAGACGAGGAGGUGUCGGGCGCCGGCUCGAGCCCCGUGUCGGGCGGCGUGAACCUGUUCGCCAACGAUGGCAGCUUCCUGGAGCUGUUCAAGCGGAAGAUGGAGGAGGAACAGCGGCAGAGGCAGGAGGAGGAGCCGCCCCCGGGCCCUCCGCGACCCGAUCAGCCGGCCGCCGCCGCGGGUUCCGGGGAUCCGAAGAGGAAGGGCGGCCCCUGCUCCGCGCUGAGCUUCGUGGGCAAGCGCAGAGGCGGGAACAAGCUAGCCCUCAAGACGGGAAUAGUAGCCAAGAAGCAGAAGACGGAGGAUGAGGUAUUAACAAGUAAAGGUGACGCGUGGGCCAAGUACAUGGCAGAAGUGAAAAAGUACAAGGCCCAUCAGUGUGGCGACGACGACAAGACCCGGCCCCUGGUGAAAUGACCCUGCCGCGCGGCCCCCGGGGACUCUGCCAUGUACGGACUAUUGUAACGCGGCGGCAGCGGUGGCGGCCUCCCCUCUCCCAGCCCAGGACUCACACGGGGACACCUAGGAGCAGCAGCAGCCCCCCGCAGCCGCGGACCAGGCGCCUGGAUAUAUUUUUUUUUCUUUUUUUUUUUUUUUUUUUUUUUUUUUACCUUGAGCACUUGGCCUCUUAAAGACAUGGUAGAACAGUGGUCUACUGUACCCCCCUCCCCACCUCCUCCUCCUCCUCCUCCUCGCUGUCUCUCUUCUUUCUUCCCAGACUUACCCCUCCCUUCCCUUCCCACCCAACCAGCCCCCCACCCCACCCGCCUCUGCCCCUCAGCCAUCACUUCUGGGAAGUAAAGAACUUGACUUAG